GCUGCCAUUGUGUCUGCAACGCCAUGAAAAUAACGUUGCAACAACGACAACGAGCCGCAUGAGUGUGGCGUCUAUGGCGACAGAAGAGAGUGCCACAAACACUUGGCAUGCCACACGUCAGCAGUUAUUGUUGCUGCAUCGUCAGAAGCGCUAUUUGCUCUUUCCCGAGGGCAGCUCAUUUCAGCUUGUCUUUGAUUUAAUCAUACCCAUUAUAGAUUUUACGAAUUACGCCAUUCUGGGCAUUACAUGCGCCGUUGCCUGGGAGCUGCCCAGUAAGCCACCCAGCGAAAUACUUGACAAUCUGCGUACUCGUCUCAACGAUGGCACACUGGGCAUCCUGCGUCGCAACGAUAGCGUGUCCCAGCUCAACAUUGGGGACAACAGCAUACCAAUGGCCACUAAUUGGCAAGCAAUGCAGGCAACAGCAGCAACAGCAGCAGCAGCGGCAACAUAUGCAAGCCAUACCCCUGCCUACUAUACGAAUGUGCAGCGCGUUGCUGACGUUUCCGCUUAUGCAAAUGCGGCUAAUGGAGAGCCAGCAACAAAAUCGACUAAUUGGAAUGCGCGCCAGUCAAUAGCCAAGUGGCAGCAAUGGCAGCAGCCAGCAACAACGCCCAAUUGGUGGCAGCGCAACAAGCAGCGCGUGCAGCAGCAAUGGUCGGCCUAUAAGCCAACCCCAAUGCCAACAGCAGCGCCAAGUUACAGCUACUAUACGCAACGGCCACGUCAGCUGCUGCAGGCGCCACCUAAGCAUCGCAUUUAUCCCGUAUUUGGCAAGCGACGUCGACGCCGGCGGCGUGUGGCGCAGGCAGCGGAUGCAGACAUUGAGCAUUUGCAGCUGCAACAACAUUUAAGCUCACGCGCUUUGCUUUAUGCCAAGAUAGAGCGACUGUAUAAAACGCGGCAGCUUAACGGCAGCGCCUGUGUGCAACGCGCGCUUUGCGAGUCCGCGCAACGCCGCGAGCAUGACGAACCGCAAAGCUUUAUUAUGGAACUGCUAUCGGCCAUCUUUCAAUUGCCCACCGGCCCAGAGGCGCAGCAUGUGCUGCAGCAUAUGCCGGCGCAUUAUCUUGAGGCAACGCAACAACAGCGUGGCAACUGUCAGUUAUUAUAUGCUGAUUGCCAGCACAAGUUUUGGUUUGAAUAA